GUCGGGCAGCGACAGUCGUGUGUUGGAGCGUGUGAGUGGAGGGUGUGUCGCCAAUCCCUCCCUGUGUGACUCUCCUCCUCUCAGUAGGGGGCAUGAAAAAUUGUUACAAUUCUUAAGUGGAUGUAUGAUUUAAAACUGUAUUUCGUUAGGACUAUGGUGUUGUUGUGACUGGUUGCUUGUGUGUAUAUGACUAUUUAUUAAGGUUUAACCAAGCUAUGAAUGCUGGAGAAGUGGUGUUGUCGUGCGGUGGGUUGGGCAGUGUGAUGAUGAAGACGAGCAAGGUGGUGACCAAGGUGGGUCACAGCGGGUGGUCAACAGGUCACCACGACCCUUGGAUCCAACCAGCUGCCAUACCAACCACGACCAGCCUAGUAGGACCCAAAGAGCCUCCGACCAACACUUCCAUGGACUCUGGGGUGGCGGGUCUGAGGGACACGCCAGUCCAUACCCCAGCGCCCAUCCACAACAACAACAAUACGAACAAUAACAACAACAACAUGGUGGGGAACAAAGGCAAUAACAACAAUAACGAGGACUAUGACGUGCCCAAGUUCAUCGUGGACCACACGACGCGCGCCACCUAUAUGAAGGGCCGUUUUCUGGGCAAGGGCGGGUUCGCGCGGGUGCACGAGGUGACGGACCUCACCACCAACCAGACCUACGCCGGCAAGAUCAUCCCCAAGUGCCGCAUCACCAAGCCUCAUCACAAGGAGAAGAUCGCCCGGGAGAUAGAGGUCCACCGCCACCUGCGGCAUCGCCACGUCGUCCGCUUUCACCACUACUUCGAGGACGACGCCAAUGUUUACAUCAUCCUCGAGAACUGUGCCCGAAGGAGUCUGGUUCACGUUCUGAAACACCGUCGGACGCUGACGGAGCCGGAGGUACGAUACUACAUGCGGCAACUGGCGGAGGGGGUGGCGUACGUCCACCAGCAGCAGGUGAUACACAGGGACCUCAAGCUGGGCAACAUGUUCCUUACUGAGGACAUGCUCAUGAAGAUAGGAGACUUCGGCCUCGCCACCCGCGUCGACGACAACAGGAAUGUAACAAUAUGUGGCACUCCAAACUACAUUGCACCAGAAGUACUAAACAAACUAGGACAUUCAUAUGAUGCAGAUAUCUGGGCCAUGGGCUGCAUUAUGUAUGCUCUUCUUGUGGGUCAGCCACCAUUUGAAACGGAUACACUGAAAGAGACGUAUUCGCGGAUUACCACCAACAAGUACGUAAUUCCUCCACUCAUCAGUGAACCUGCUAGACACCUCAUUCGCCGGUUCCUCCACCCUGACCCAAACGCUCGUCCUCGGCUGGACCAAGUUCUCAACCACGAAUUCUUCACCACAGGUGUGGUGCCACGAUCUCUCCCUGCUUCUGCUUGUACCCAGGUGCCAAAGUUUGGAUUGGAAGUUAUUGGUAAAUCUAUAUCUAUGCCUGAGCAGCAGCUGCAGCACCCACCUGCCCUACCCCAGUCACAAUCUCAUCACCCUCUCACUCAAGAUAUCAAGAAAAUUACCACUUCGGUCUCAACACUGCGCAUCCCUAAUCAGAAGCCCCAGUCAGAUAAAAUCUCUAUUUUGGAUGGUGGUCUGGGUAGUCCUCCAAAUAGCAGACCAACUACUGGGAAUUCCAAAGAAGAAAACAGGAAGAAAGAUUCUGGAGGAACAUUGUCAUCAUGUUUACGGCAGAAGUUGUCGUCUGUUAUUUGUACAACAGAUAAUAAAGCUUCUACUGGGAACCAAGUGGGUAAAAAGAGAGAAAUCACUUCUGGCACACUCUACAAUCUUUUGGCUGCUUGUCUGGACAAUAUGCCAGAUGAUAUGAGCAGUAAUCCAUCAGUCCAAAGUCAUACCCCUCUGUUUAUAUCAAAGUGGAUUGACUAUUCCAACAAAUAUGGUUUUGGAUAUCAAUUGUCAGACAACUGUGUUGGCGUUUUCUUCAACGAUCUUACAAGAAUAAGUAUCAGUUCCGAUAAAAACCGAGUUGAAUUUACAGAUUCCUCUGGAAGACUUGCUGUACAUCAGGCAGGUACUUUGCCUGCGUGGCUGCAGGAACGAUACCAACUGUUGCGUUAUUUUGCUACAUACAUGGAGGAAAAUCUAACCGAGGCUGGUGAUUCUCGAACAACACGACCUGCAGCAGCAAGAAUGUCUGUCAUACCUCAUGUGCGUCGAUGGGAUCGUACACCAAAGUCUAUCAUCAUGCAACUUAGUAAUGGGACUUUCCAGAUUAACUUUUUCAAGGACCACACGAAGAUAGUGAUUGCUGGUGACCGCACAGAUGUUAGCAUUAUGUUCAUCAGCAGUGAUAGGCAAUCAUUUACCUAUCGUCUGUCUCAGCUUGCUGAGCUUGGCUGUGACGCAAUGGUCCGUGAGCGCUUAGUUUAUGCUCUCUCCUGCCUUCGGCAGUAUGCAGAAUUAGAUGGAGAAGAAGUCUGAAGAGGAGAAAUAUUAGUUUCAGAGCUAUUUUUUGGAUAUUUGAUGGAAACUAGAAUGGAUUAUAAUUCUACUGGACCAAGUGAGAGAGAGAUUGUCCUGACUCAAGACUGGGUGUCUUGGAAUGUUGAAGUUUUGUGGAGAUUGUGCAUUACGGUGAUGGUAUUGAAAAGUUGAUGUUUUUUUUUUUUUAAUGAAUUGUAAGACAAUUCCUUCAGUUUAGUAGACAAGGGAUUGUUUGCCAUAUGGUUGUGGCAUUAUUGAGACAGUACAUAUGUUGGUGGUGUGUAGUAAUGAAUUGGUUGCUACAGCAUUUGGUAAUGGAAUAUGAGCAGAUUAGCAAACAUGAGUCUCACCUUAGUAUUCUUGACAGGCUUGUUCUCGUAUUUUUUAGAGAGGAGAGUAAACUGUUAAGAUAUCAUAAGGCUCAUAGUUGCUGAUUCUUUUAAUGUGCAGGCUCCUUGAACUAUGCAAUAAAUGUUUAAAUUGUACAUGUUUGUUAUGCUGCACAUAGGUUUUGUUACCAUGUGACCAUUAUUUCUGUUACUGUUACAUAUUAUUACACACCAAUUGACUAAGAUUUGGGAGCAUGUAAGCUCUACCUCACAGUUUAAUUGUGUCUGAUCACUGCCCAUGUUGAUAGUCAAGGGCACAGGAAAGCCCUCAUACCCUCAUUCACAGUGUUCUGAUGGUUAAUCAAAGCUAACUUAACACUAAAGACUGUCAGGAGACUGUGAAUGGGAAAAGACUUUUGCAAUAACUUCCAUUAAUGUUGCCCCUCAUAUUUACCAAAGAGUUUAAAAGGGGUAAAGAUAAUAGUAGCUAGCAUCAUUUAACACCAAAUUAUUGUGGAGACUGGGGAUCCCCCCCCUUCCCCUCCCCCCCACCUCUUGAAAGGUGUGAAAAUUAUUCUCAUGUCUAAAUGAAAUUGCAAUACUGUAGUGUGGUGGGUUGUGCUUGAGGAUAUUGUAAGAUACCCCUCUCCUAUUUUUUGUUUUUUUUUUUGCAUUAUGAAUGUUUUGAAAUUAGGGUAAUUAGAUACACAGAUUAAUCAAAUUGACAGUGAUCUCCUAAGCUAACACUGCUCAAAGAUUAAAAUAGAAUGUGCAUUCAUGAUGUGAUUUUACAAUUAAUAACAUUGUGCAAUUCUAAGUGAAUGCUCUUACUAGCAUGCUCUUACUAGCAAGCAUCAAGGAAUCACGUCUUGCUCAGAACAUGGACAAUGUGAUGCGGUCACAUUCGGUGUUUACCAGUUUUAAAUUUCAAAAGCAAAUGCGUCUAAAACCCUUUAUUUUUUUUUCUUUUGUCAUCCCUGAAGCAAGUCCGUCCUUGUAUGCUCUGCUUCAGUCAAGUGUGAAUGUGUGGUAAAAGAAGUCUAAUGUAUAUCUCCUGGAAUUGGUGUGUCCAUUGGGCUUAAUUUAUGGCUUAUCAGAGAUAACCUUAUUGAAUAUUAAAUCUUCACUUUUAGAUCUUCUCCAAAGCAUAAUUGGUUUUAAUUUUAUUGAUAACCGAAUGGUUGCCAUUAAUUAAAUUAUUGGAGAACAGGAAUAUUAUAUAUUGCUUUCUUUUUGCUAUUUCUUCUGCCAAUUAAAGAUAUAAUUGUCACGCACAGGAUGAGGCCUUUUCACAACCAAAGAGUGAAUGGUUUAUGCCGAUGUUCCCUUUUUGGCUCAGGUUAACUAUAUUGUACCAAAUAUAAUUUUUGAAAGUCAACUUCCCAUACAUUUUUGCAGUUGUGGCAUAGCAAGUGAUAUUGGUGAUAAUAUAUACAAAUUUGUUAGAUUAAAGUCUCUAAACUGUGAAUGUUGUUGGGAAGAGAGAUAAUUGCCAGUCAGAAUUCAUGGCAUAUGUCAAUGAUAAAUCAAAGCUAUCUUCCUGUCAACCUAGCAAAAUAUUUAGUACAAACCAAAAACCUUGGAAUUAAAUUCUUUUGAGGACAUAAAAUUUGUGUGUGAUGCAGAUAGCCUCUAUAAUGAUCUCAUAUUUUUUAAUCCAGCAUUCUUAGGAUAUUUCCUUAAUGUUGGAGGUAAGGCUGCUAAGAAAAGGGGGUGCAAAUUCUUGAGUCAUUCUUAGUACAAUGUUUCAUGCAGUUCACAGGAAUGCAAGAAAUGUUUAGCUGUCUUGUAUAGUAGAUUGGUAAUUAGGUUGUUACAGCCACAAAUUGACAUAAGAAUUUGCUUUAAGGAGUAAGUUAUCCUUAUUGCCCCUAGCAAGCAGCAUAAAUCUUAACAUUAUAUUCUAUUUGUAGGUAUUUUUCAUUUUCACUAGAGGUUUAAAUCCUCCACUAUCUGUCUUACCAAAGAUGGCAGGAUUUUGACCCUGCUUUUCACUUGAACACUGAGAAGGUAGACAAGCUUUUGUUUUGGAAUAUGAAAACAAUGUAUGUUGGGUGGACUUGAUAAAGUCUAGACAUUGUUGAAAUCCUUUAAUGUGUUCCAAAGGCACAUGAUGGAGGACACCAUGGCAUAGAAGUAGUGUACCAACUCAUCAGCUUGAGGAUAUGUAUUUAGUCUUACAGCUGAUUAGGUAGUGUUCAGUGCCGUGGUAUCCUCGGUGAUGGUCACUGUCGAGUGAAGAACCUGGACUAGCUUAUCAUUGCACCCAAAAAUUUGCCACCUUACUCAGUGGGGCGAUGUGUAAUAGGUAAAGCUUUAACAGCUUUUAACGAUACAUAAAUAUAGUGCACACAGAUGAAGAUGGUGUAUCUAAUCAUUUUUCCUUGCUUUUUAUUUAAGCAUUGAAAGGGUUCAUGCAGGUAAAGCAAUACUUUCAACUUUGGCUAGUCUUUAAAAGUUUUUUGAAGUCAUAUUACUGAUGACCGACAGUGCAGCUGUACGGCUGUUUUGUAAACAGAGCACCAGAGGCUGAAGAAUGUUAUUAGUGAUGAAGUUUAACUGUAAAGCUAGCAAAGGAGUUGUGUGCCAAGAAUAACUUUCACUUUUUGUUAUAUUAGCAUUAUGAUUGUCUGUGAUUCUGUUAAUUUUGUAUGUUUUGUUGUUUGUGAUAAUUUUGUGAUUUUUUUUCUGUUUUUGUAUGUAUGCAAGUAUGUAUAUAUAGUUCAUCAUCAAUUGAUUUAAUCGAUGUGUUUUGUUGAUCUGUGUUAAGUGUGUAGCGCUCAGGUCUUUCACAAGCUGAUAGUAGCAAAGUGGUCUUCCUUAAAUUAUUUGUUCUGUUUGACAUUGGUUUCAACUACCAAAUCCUCCAAAUUGGUGCCUUUAUGUAAUGUUUGCAGUGAAGGGCUGUCAACACCUUCACUGUACAAAGUCAAUUUCUUUAUAGUGCUCAAGCAUAUGUGGCACCUAGCAAGUGGAAUCAGUAUAAAGUAAAAAAUGUCUUUUUGCAUUGUUAAGGAAACUCAUUAUACUUCUUCUCAUGUCUUAUAUUAUUCAACUAAAGGAGAACAGUUUAACCAAUGUAUUAGUUACUGUUCAAUUUUUUAAUGCAGCAUAUAGCUCUUUAACAAACUAAAAAAUAUUAAAAAAAAAAUUGCUCAGAUUAAUGUGGCCUAUGAAAUGGUGGCCAUGGUUGACUAUCGCCUGGCAGACUGAGUAUUCAGACGCUCUAGAUAGUGUGGAUUCUCAUAAUUGUUACACAUGCAGUUUGGGCCGUAUGAAGCGAGAUGUCUUCCAUGCAACAGGACAAUAACUUGGUUCACUUCCAAUGGUUACAGACGGCUCUCCCGAUCAGUAGUGGAAGCCUCUUCUACCAUGAUUAAUGGUCUGUUAGUUCCAAGUAAUUGUUUGAAGAGAGUUGUUAACCCUCAGGUAUGAAUGUUGUUUAAAGUGGACUUUUAAAAGUUUGGACCAAAGUUACUUGACCUUUACCUGAGAGGACAACUCCAUAUGUGUCCAGUGUAGUAAAGAUUCCUUCCAGUAUAGUACAUGGAGUAAUAAGCAUUUACUCUCAGUCUAGAUCAUCAAAUAAUACUAUCAUCAUAUCUCUUCAUAAUUAUAUUUCAUGGUCCCAUAUGUCAUUAUUGUGUAAGGCAACCAGCGCAUGUAACACAAGAAGACCUAAUGAGGUGAAGCAUUAACUCGCCUUGGUCUAACAUGUCCUAUUCAUUAUUGCAUUAUUAUUCUAAGUGGCCCACUCAAGACAUGUAAAUAAAUUAUACUAAGACAUUAGGAUUACAGAAGCAGUCAUCUCUAAUCUGUGCAGUACUAUGGUGUAUAUUAAGCAUCAUCGACUCUCAUGGUCUUUCAUUUUUUGCAAUUCUUGUUGUAAAUUUACUUGCUUUGUUUGUAAUAAAGAAUCAGUAAUA